AAAUCAUCCGUUUGUGCCUUCCUAUCCACGCAAUGAACAACCCCAAGCUCAAAGGCUAUGGCUUCAAGCCCUCCGAUCAAAUCCUCAUCGACUAUCUCCGAGACCGAACACUGUUCGGCCGUGAUUACUUGGUCCAAGAUAUCAUCGUCCUCAGUCACGAUAUUUGCAACUAUGAUCCAUGGGAUCUACCUGGUUGUGAUUCGGUCACACCAAAUGAUUCGGAACGGUUUUUUAUUUACCCGAAAACGUAUAAGUAUGCAAACAGUAAGCCCAAGGUGAUCGGUACGCCUACAGGACAAGUACCAAACAGUGAUCAGCGGCAGCCGAUGAUAAAUCGAGCUACCAAGAACGGAAAGUGGAAAGUCUCGGGGGUUCGAGUUAACGUAAAGUCUAGUGAUGAAACUAAACAAGUGAUUGGUAUUAAGACAAGAUUGUAUUUCAAGCACAAUAGUUGCCCAAACAAAACAUCAUGUGUGUUACAUCAGUACGAACUUGUUGAUAUUGAUCCUUGCCAAGAUAAAUAUUUUCUUGGUAAAGUGAUAAUGAAAGAAUUUAAGCAGACCAAUAUUUCAAGUAACAAUAUAAAUGGUCGGAUUUCAAUUCCAGAGGUUCGAGUAGAACUUGGUCCGGAGCCAUUAGUUGAAACCGAAGUAACUAAUGAGUACGAGUGGACUCAAAGUGAACAAACUAAUGAAUUUAUAACUCCUUGUCCGGUUUUCGGCAACGAAAACUUUAUUGAUGACGGGAAUGAAGUGAUCUCUAAUCACCAGUCACAAAUAAAUAAAGAGCUAAUUAGAAGCUUGGAAGUACCUAAUAUAGGUAUUGAGGAUCAAAAUCAAUCAUACCAGAAUAUUGGGAUCGAUAAUGAUCCAACAGUCCCCGAUGAAGGAAGCAAUCAACAUAAUAUAGGUGCAGUUGCAGAGAAUGAAAGCUCAAUGUUGCCUUCUAAUUUACAUGACCAUCUAAUAGAUUUUAUAAAUCAAAUGGAAUGGUCCGAUUUAUACAACUUAUGCCGCGGUAACGAUGACGGGCUUUUUCUCGACGAGUUGUCUGACGAGCCGCCAGAACUCGGGCCACAAAAUCAAUGCGGUAUUAACCAGCAAGUUGCUGCUGGUGCUGAGAUAGAGAGCACCAAUUUGCCCCCUUUGGAUGUGACUGAAUCUUCCUACUCGACGGAUUCAGUCCGUAAAAGAUCAGCCUUGGAGGUUGAAAGAUCGGCCACCGGUGUAGAAACUGAAUUGGCUCAACAACAAGCAAACAGAAGUAGAUUAAAAAGUUCGAGUUGCUUAUCUCCCGUAUUUGAUUAGUGCUUAUAAGUCGUAAUGUUAGACCCAUUGUCUUAUAAGUUAGUUUUCGAGGUUGGGUUUAAGUUUAUUUGACUUGGGAUCCUAUCUAGGCAUAGGUAUUUAUAUCGAAAAGAUUUUUUGCGUUGCUUGUAUUACAAGUUAGGUUUUGAGGUCUCGUGUUUGAAUAUGUUUCAACUGUAUAUAUGGACAUCUGUAAUAGCAAGUGCGGCUUGCUUGAUAUGUUUUUCUUUUUAUGUUGAUUUCAGAAGUUAUAGCAUGUAAUUUCUUGACAUU